AUGGCCCUCAGACAACGACACCACGCCGAAGAGGCUGCCAUCGCCAGAGAAGAAGCACCCGAGAUUCCAUAUGUCAACUGGCGGAAAGAUCCUGGGUUGAGGAAGUUAUACGCUCUCUGUGCGGUCAUCUGUGUGGCAAGCGCCACGACUGGAUAUGAUGGCUCUCUCCUUGACAAAUCUCAAAAUAUGGACCUCUGGCAGGACUAUUUUGACCAUCCUAAAGGGUCCAACAUGGGCCGACUACAAGCCAUGUACCAGCUCGGGUCAAUAGCCUCUUUACCAAUCGCACCCAUCAUAUCAGAUCGAUUUGGGCGCAGGAUAUCCAUCAUCUGCGGAUGUAUUCUCAUGAUCGCGGCCGGCGCACGCUUCUUCCUCGGCUUCGGCAACUCUCUCGCCCAACUCGCCUCACCCCUACUCCUGACCGAGAUCUGCCACCCUCAACACCGUGCCCGAGUCACCGCUAUAUACAACUGCCUAUGGCACGUCGGCUCCAUCAUCUGCGCAUGGCUCACCUUCGGCACAAUGCGAAUCCCCUCAUCAUGGUGCUGGCGAGCACCUACUUUAGUCCAAGUCCUGUUCUCCGUCAUACAAAUCACCUUCAUCUGGUGGGUACCCGAGUCACCCCGGUGGCUGAUCUCGAAGGACCGGACCGAGGAAGCACUGCAGGUGCUGGCUAAAUAUCACGCCAAUGGCAACGUCAACGAUGCGACGGUGCAGUUCGAGUAUGCAGAAAUCAGGGAGACGUUGAAGCUGGAGUUCUUGUACAAGAAGACGAGUAGCUAUCUUGACUUCUUCAAGACAGAGGGCAAUCGCUACCGUCUCGGGCUGGUCAUCUCGCUAGGUGUCUUCAGCCAAAUGUCCGGGAACGCCCUCACCUCCUACUACUCCAAUCGCAUCUACGACAGCGUCGGCAUCGACGACGACAACACGCGCUUCGGCCUCAACGGCGGCCGCUCCAUCCUCAACCUCGUCGUCUCCGUCACCUGCGCGCUCCUCGUCGAUCGCGUCGGUCGCAGACCCUUGUUCCUAGCCGCCACGGGCGGCAUGCUGCUGUUCUUCGCGUCAAUGACAGUCCUCGGCAACCGCUAUACCGAGACACCCACGCAUGGUAUCGGCAUCGCCUUCGUCACCUUCCAGUGGUGUCAUGACGUAGCGUAUGCUCUUGCUUGGUCUGGGCUGCUUGUUGCGUACACAGUCGAAGUCCUCCCCUUCAAGCUCCGCGCCAAGGGUCUGAUGAUCAUGAACGUCUCCGUGCAAGCCGCCCUUGCCUUCUCCGGCCAGAUCAACCCCAUUCCCAUCGACGGCGCAUGGAAGGGCGAGGAGUGGAAGCUGUAUACUGUGUACACCGUGUGGAUUGCUUUCGAAUUCCUAAUCGUGUAUAUCUUCUACGUCGAGACUAGAGGCCCAACCCUCGAAGAGAUCGCGAAAAUCUUCGACGGCCGCAAUGCCGAAGUCGCCAAUGUGAAGACCGACAUCGGCGGCGACUCUUCGGCACGCACUCAUAGCUCCGCCAACAACUAUCCCAUCACAGAAAUACACAUCGCGACCGGCGAGCACGAUAAAAGCAUGAGCGGUGGGUCGUGGGAACACGGUGAGGGGACGGGCGUUGCGCGGGAGGUGCAGCAUGGGAGUGGUGGGUAUAACGGGCAGUAUCAGAGUGGGGGCCAGCAUCAGAAGGAGUUGAGCGGGAGUAGUGAUGGGUUUGGGGGGCGGUAUCACGCGCGGUGA